AUGGUACCAAUAUCAACUAACAACAUCCACCGCCUGAAAUCCAGCACGAGACUGUCUUCCGUCGUUCCGGCAACAGUGACCGGUGACAAGGUCCAUGAGCUAAGCAACAUGGACUUGGCCGUGAAGUUACACUACAUCAAAGGAAUCUACUUUUUCAACAGUGAUGCAGUUGGGGGGCUCACGAUAUAUGAAUUGAAGAAGCCUAUGUUCCAAUUGCUCCAGCUCUAUUUCCAUGCCGCUGGGAGAAUCCGAACAUCCGAAACGGGACGGCCUUUCAUCACGUGUAACGAUAGCGGUGUGAGAAUUAUUGAGGCACGGUUUGACGAAACGGUCGAUGAAUGGUUGGCCAUGGCUGUGGAGGAUGAUUCUGCUUUUGAUGGUCUUGCUUAUAGCCAGGCACUUGGUGAACCUGAUCUUGGUUUUUCUCCUCUGAUCUUUCUACAGUUCACUUGGUUCAAAUGUGGAGGAAUGUCAGUGGGCCUUAGCUGGGCACAUGUUCUUGGAGAUGUGUUUUCAGCCUCAACCUUCAUCAACCUUUGGGGCAAGAUCAUGGCAAGUCCCAUGCCACAUAAGUCUCUUCACAUACCAGACUCGGCAGUAUCUGAGCUCGCACUUUCAGUUCUUCCCAAGCAAACACCAAAAGCCCUCAAAAGGGUUGAUCCAGUUGGUGAUUUAUGGCUCACCCCAAGCAACUGCAAGAUGAAGACACACACAUUUCACAUUCCUGCAGAUAAAUUCAAUCAUUUUCUCUCAGACCAAAUAUAUAAGUUCUCAGCUUUUGAAGUACUUUCUGCAGUCAUCUGGAAAUCCAUGUCCAAGAUUAAUGAAGACCCAGAAGAGACAAAGAUGGUGACCCUUUGUACAAACAAAUCCCAUAAUAGAGAAUUUCAGUUUCCAAGAAAUGGGAUGGUGUGGAGCACAGUUGAAGCAGAUUUCUCGGUUGCAGAAGCUGACAUCUUUGAAUUGGUGAAGGUGAUUUUGAACAAAAAGAUUGAUGAGAAUGACAUAAUCAGAGAAAUGAUGGGGAAUAAUAGUUAUGAUAGUGAGGAGUUGUCUUCAGAUUUCAUAGCAUAUGGAGCGAACUUGACAUUUGUGAAUUUGGAAGAGGCGCAGAUUUAUGAGCUUGAAUUGAAUAGAAAAAAGCCAGUUUAUGCACAUUAUGCUGUUGGUGGAGUUGGUGAUAAAGGAGUUGUUUUGGUGCUUCCAGGGCCAAACUCUGGUAAAAAGGGUGUUGGUGUUGCUGGUGAUCGAACUGUGACUGUGGUUCUGCCUGAAAAUCAACUUGCACAACUGAAGGUUGACCUCAAAAGAAAUUGGAGCAUUAUCUGA